AUGUCACGCUAUAAAUCAGAUGACUUCGAAGAAAACAUUUUAGGUGAUGAGGAAAAUGUUUAUAUACCAAAUAUUUAUGUAGAUGAAAGAUUAAUUAAAAACAGUCGACUAAACAUAGGUCAUUUCAUUGCGAAAAAGUCAAACCUAUUUUCUGAAGAAACUAAUACAAUUUACGUAGUCAAUGGAACUACGUUUUGCGAACGUAAGACGAUAAACGAAGAAGUAAUGGAAUUUGCAUUUGGUGAAGGAUUUGAAUUAAAUAAUCCGGAAACUAGUGACGAGAUUUCAUUCGCUUCCAAUAUGGAAUUGCCAGAGGAUAAAGGCGAAACUGCAUCUCUUAUCAUGACAAUUGAGAAAGCACCAAAUGGCGUUAUUGUAAAUUCGAACGUAUUUCUGACGCAACAACAGUGGCACACUAUUGUGAAUGUUGACGAGAGAACGGUUCAGUGUGCAGUGUGCGCCGUUUUUUGUAAAAUCGACGAACAACAUGAUCACAUACACUCCGAGAAGCAUUUGAAAAAUUUAGAAAGGCAUUUGCCUCUGGAUAAACAUGAUCUUUGUAUAAUGAGGAAGAUAAACGACAAAUAUCACUGCGGAGUGUGCAGUGAACUUUUUGACAUUGAUAAUUUAAACGAACAUUUCUCUACGAAAUCCCACGAAGACAAACUACUGUUCGCCAUCAACAGAGUCUCUGACAUCAUGUAUGAUCUAGAUAUAUAUAAUGACAGGAUAGAGAAAGAGGAAUGCUACCAUUUCAAUGCAAGAUCAGUCAACAAUAUGAAUCAUGUUAAAGAAGAUAUUUCAGAUGAUGAAAGCUCCGAAGGGUUUUAUGAUGAUUACUGGACAGAGAAACGACAUUCCCCGGACUACGAAAACCAAAGCACAGAUGAAUGUGUAUCGGAAAUAGGGGAAGAAAUACCUAAGCAAUCCUCAUAUGCUACCAUGGCUAGAAAACCAAGGUCGAUGCCGAAGUUUCUAGAAAUGCAAAUACGCGGGAAGAAAGUGAGGGUGCGCUUUGAUUCAUGGCAUAUGGUUUUCAAUACGAAAUUUAAUAAAUUCUACUGUAUGGUAUGCAAAUUAGAAGACCACAACAAGUCGAAGUUUAUCCAUUGUAACGGUGAUAAACAUUUAGAAAGAUUGAAAAACUGUACUAUAGUGGAAAAAUACGAUGGCUAUCUGGUUAGAAAGGUUGACCACAAAUUGUAUCACUGUGCACACUGUAAUAACCUACAAUUAAUAGAUGUCAUGAACGACCAUCUAGAAACUGCACAUCCACGGAAAACUAACAAGAACAUAACAGAAGGUUAUAGAAACACACCGCCAUUAACCAAAAUUAAUAAAAAUGAAAAACGGAACGCAGUGAAACCGGAACAAACUACAAAAAAUGGCAAUAAUGAAACAAAAUCAUUUGCCCAUGUAACAGACCAUAACAGAAACAAUUUAGUGUAUUACUCUAAUCGCAUCGAAUAUAAAAUGAAGGAACUCAAUAUUUUCUGCAUGAAAUUCACUCUGUCACUUUUGUCAUAUAAUAUGGUGCUGAGUUUAAAUGGAUUUCAUUGCUGCGCCUGUGAAUUAUCUUCGGAUGCUGAAGAAAUCGCGAGGCAUAUUGAGGAUGUACACCAUGUAGAAAAUUUAAUGAGAACCCCCUUUCUAUAUGAGUUUAACUACAAUUUAAUAAGAGCGAUACGUAAUGGUUUGCAUUGUUCCAUAUGUAACAUUCCCGUAUCUUACGGAUUGAUAAACGCACAUAUUGUGGACCCAGUCCACGUCGGUCUUUUAAACAAGGCCAUUACAUUAUCACCAGCUACACAGUUAAUCAAAGACCCUGUAGAAAAUCAACCGUCUACAAGCAGGAAACCAAGCUUAAAAACUCAAGGUCAUGACAAUCAAUUUAGUAUACUUGGCGAGGAUAGGCGAAAUCGUACAGAAAAUGAUUCGGAGGAUAUUGUCGAAGCUGCUGAUUUUGUAUUAGAAGGAAAUAUAAAAACUCAAGGUCAUGACAAUCAAUUCAGUAUACUUGGCGAGAAUACGCAAAAUAAUACAGAAAAUGAUUCGGAGAAUAUUGUCCAAGCCACUGAUGUUGUGCUAGAAGAAAAUAAAGAAGAAAUUCAAAAGGGAACAGCAAAAAAAGUCACAGCCAAUGCUUGUAUAGAGAAUGCAAAUAAAAUUGAUACAGAAGACGAAGAAAAUACACUGAUGGACACGGAAGAAUUUGUGUAUUUGAAACUUAAUAAUAUUUUUAUUAGAGUGUCAAUAACUUCUUACAACACGUUAAUACAAAUCGGCGACGGAUCUAGAUACUGUUUUCUUUGUUCUACGUCGGUCCAGUUCGAAAAACUUAAGAAGCACGUGGACAGUCGCCAGCAUACAGAGAAUGUUUGCAAAUAUAAGUUCGUGGACAAAUAUUCAAAACAUGUACUCCGUCAGGUUUAUUUAAACUACCACUGUGGCAUGUGCAAUGUUUCCUUUCCAAGCCAAGAUUUAAACACACACUUGUCUUGGCCCGUGCAUUUACAACAAAGCCAAAACUGUCGAAAAAUCGACAAGAAAACUAGAAAAUUAGAAGCAAAGAACGGAAUCAAGCAGAUUAACAUAUCUUUACAGAAGGAAACUAUAUAUUUAGAAAAAGUAGAAUCAAAAAUUGAAAUCGUUCUGAACUUAGAGUUUGCGCAAGAUAUGCAAAAUCAAGUUUUCAGAAAAAGCAAAAUGGUCUUUUGCAGUGGAAAUGUGUUGAAGAUUAGCUGGGAUAGCUGGCACGGGUUUGUCAAGACAAAGUCUGGACACAGGUGUUGCUUGUGUCAGGAGGACCUGAACAUGCACGAUUUAUCAUUACAUGCUGAUAAUGCAUUCCAUGUGAAGAAAUUGGAGAAAAGUUUCCUGAAGCAGUACAUACCAGCUUUGAUAAGGAAGAUCAACGAAACAACCCUUAAUUGUGUAACCUGCAACGCUGAAGUCUUCAACAAAGACCACAUUAUCUUCGAGCACCUGAGAGGAAAGAAACACGAGAAAAAUUACGAAAUAAUAGUGCAGGAUAGCGCGCAAGCCAGUACCUUCGCUGAUUGCGAUGAAGAAGUGUUUACAUUGGAGUAA